CUCGAGGCGCGCAUGGAUCCGGGCUCCGGCACACUGUCCGCCGCUGUCCUGGAUGCUGGGCGGACUGACUCGGGAGGCUGUCGCUGCUGCAUCCCUCAUUUCGAACACACCUCAUCACUCCUGAUAUCCGCGGCUGUGACAGCGUGAACGGAGCCGACAGAGGACCAGCACGAAGGGCUGUGGUUGCGUGUCCAGCACCGGGGGAGAUGGAGCGGUGGAAAGGCAGAGUGGCCCUGGUGACCGGAGCCUCGGUGGGCAUUGGAGCGGCUGUUGCCCGGGCACUGGUCCAGCAAGGCAUGCGGGUGGUCGGUUGCGCCAGGAAUGUCGACAAAAUAGAGAAGCUGGCAGCAGAAUGUCAGAGUGCAGGCUACAGCGGCACGCUGAUCCCUUACAAGUGUGACCUGUCCAACGAGGAGGAGAUCCUGUCCAUGUUCUCAGCGAUCAAGACGCUACACAAGGGCGUGGACGUGUGCAUCAACAACGCCGGACUGGCCCACAGUGAGCCCCUGCUCAGUGGAAAAACAGAGGGCUGGAGGAACAUGAUUGACGUGAACGUCUUGGCUUUGUCUAUCUGCACCCGAGAGGCCUACAAAUCGAUGAAGGAGAGGAAUGUGGACGAUGGCCACAUCAUCAAUAUUAACAGUAUGGGUGGGCACCGAGUGGUUCCGAGUGCCGAUAAGCAUUUCUACUGUGCCACUAAAUACGCUGUGACCGCUUUGACUGAGGGGAUACGGCAAGAGCUGCGGGAAGCAAACACCCACAUCAGAGCCACGUGCAUAUCUCCUGGAAUAGUUGAGACCGAAUUUGCCUUCCGGCACCACAACAGUGAUCCAGAGAAAGCAGCUGCAGUGUAUGAGAGUAUCAAAUGUUUGAAAGCAGAAGACAUAGCCUGUGCAGUCACAUUUGUUCUCAGUGCCCCUCCUCAUGUCCAGAUUGGAGACAUGCAGAUGAGGCCAGUCGAGCAGGUGUCAUAGCAGUGGAACAGGAAGCUGUAGGAGGAGCAGACAAGACGGCAGCCAUGGCGACUCCAUAGCGACCUCUGCUGGGCUAGGGUGGGUGGGGGUGUUUAAAACAAAUCAACUACAGCUGUGUGGGUCAAAGAGGGCUUGAGCCUUAAGGUGGCUGUCGGAGGAAAUUAAGGGCGUGGACUUUGUAAACCACUGCGAAAAUACUACUGAAUGCAGCAACCUGGUGUUUGUGAAGCGUCGAGCCCGGUCCCUGAACUGAGCCGACUCCAAACGAGAGGAGAGAGUUGCUCCUGGGCCGCGUGGUCAUCCGCACGAGCGUCACUUCAGAGGGAAGAGUAUGCCAUUGAUUGCACAUGUUUUGUCUCUGUUCUUGUAGGUCACAAGACAUAUCUUUUUGAAAUUAAGUGGAAAGAGUAAUUGCUGUUUAUAAGUGGCAGCUUUUUUGUUUUAAUCUUUUUUUAAAUAAAUGUUUUAACUUUAGAUCAUGGCUAGAUGUGGUCUUACACUAACCAUAGACAGUACUCUGUCUUACGACGGUCACUAACACCAGGCUGUCCAUGCCGCCACUUUUUGUCACCGUAUGUUGUCACAAACCCAUUCAGUUACCCGUUGGCUUUCAACCACUCAGGUAAUCUGGGGGUGGGGGGAGGGGCACAUGUGCCCUUGUCUGUUGAGCACAAGGGGUUUCUACUAUCCACCCCUUCUUGCCUGUGUAAUUUCAGCCAUUCUGCACUUUGGAUUCAUUUAUGAGGAAUUACAAGAAUGGCAACUUAUGUCGGGGAAGACACUAACUCGUCUAGAAAUGUGUACCUCACAGAUAAAAUUUCUCCUUCAAUGAAUGAAUAAAUAAAAAUAAUUGCCCAUAAGUGAA